AUGCGCUUCUCAGCCUCAGCCCUGCUUAUAGCAGCAGCCCUUUCAGUACCCAGUACAGCCGCAGAGACCACGUUCCGAAGAUCAGAUAAACGCGGCCUCGUCUUCGUCCCCAGCUCAGAACAUCCUACCGAUAACCAGAUCUGGGUCCAAGCCAACAGCGACCUGUCAUGGUACUACAAUUACGGCGUCGCCCCGUCACCGGCAUACCAGAGCCAAACACAGGAUCAGUUCGAAUUCGUCCCGAUGUUGUGGUCUCCCUCAACAACUUUCCUAUCUCAGGUUCAAAGCUUGAUCAGCGGAGGCAGAAACAUAACCCAUAUUAUGACCUACAACGAGCCUGAUGGAACUUCAAGUACGGGCGGCAGCCAGGUGGACCCGGUAACCGCGGCGACGAAUUGGAUAAGCCAGGUGGAACCGUUAAGGAAGCUGGGCGUUAAGGUGGGGGCACCAGCAGUGACUGGUGCUCCUCAGGGAUUCACAUGGCUGAAGAGUUUCUUCGCUGCCUGUACUAAGCAAGGGACAAAUUGUACAGCAGAUUUCAUCCCGGUUCAUUGGUAUGGGAAUUUUGGUGGACUGGCGAGCCAUAUUGGGGAAGUUGUUGGGACAUGGCCAAACACAUCCAUCUGGAUAACCGAGUACGCCCUCAAUGAUGCUUCCCUGAGCGAAACACAAGACUUCUUCAACACGUCCGCUGAGUACUUCGACCGCCUCGACUAUGUCGAUCGAUAUUCGUACUUUGGAUCCUUCCGAAGCGGUGUUAGCAACGUCGGCCCAAACGCUGCUAUGCUGAAUAAUAAGGGCCAGUUGACGGAUAUUGGCAGUUGGUAUCUCGGAGGAGCCGCCACGGGUAAUCAGCCCGGCGGCAAGUCCGCCGCAUCGAGGUUGGUGCUGGGUGGGUGGAGUUUGUUCGCGGGUGUGCUAUCUCUGGUUUUGAUACUCUGA